UAGACCAGCAAUCGCGGAAUUACCCGCUAACUCACCCUGUACCUGGUGGUUGACAUUGCGUUACUCAAAUGCGUAUUGAGAAGUGCUAUUUCUGCUCAAAAAGCGUCUAUCCUGGUCAUGGAUCGGCGUUUGUGAGAAACGACUCCAAGGUUUUCCGGUUCUGCACAUCCAAAUGCCAUAAAAAUUUCAAAAUGAAGCGCAAUCCGAGAAAAGUGAGGUGGACCAAGGCUUUUAGGAAGGCAGCAGGGAAAGAGAUGACUGUCGAUUCAACGAUCGACUUCGAAAAGCGGAGAAAUGUUCCUGUCCGCUACGACCGCGAGCUCGUCCAGACCACGAUCAAGGCUAUGAAGCGGAUAGCAGAGAUCAAACAGAAGAGGGAGCGUGCGUUUUGGAAGAACAGAAUGGUGGCCAGCAGAGACAAGGUACGCGCACACCGCAAAAAGAAGCUGGAGUCGAUCAAAUUGCUUGAGCCAACAUCGACCGAGGGUGCAGAAGUCAUGGUCAAGGAGAAAAUCAAGGUCUCCGCCAAACCAAGGAGUGCUCUGCUUCCUGGAGAGGGACGGUCAAUGGGCAUGGAUCUCGAUUAGAUGUGUUUUCACUUUUUCCCAUGUAUGUAUUGCUGUCGAUGUGUUUUCAGAUUUAAAAAAGUAGACCGUUAUGUAGUAAUAGCAGGGUCAUGCACACUAUGCAUACAUGAU